AAUACAACCGCUGUGUAGAAGAACAGAGACAGUCGAACCAAAAGCAACAAUUGCUUUUUCAAGUAAGGAAUGUCAGACUAUCUCCCAGAGGAAGUGGUGCUGGAAAUACUGCACAGACUACCCGUCAAAUCCCUAAUUCGAUUCAGGUGCGUUUCAAAAUCAUGGAACUCUCUAAUCACAACCCCUGCCUUCAUCAAUUCCCAUCUCACUCGAUCACAUACACUUCUCUCCAAUUCCAACAAAUUAAUCGUUAGGCACUGCCUCGAUAAACCCUACGUAGAGCACUACAAAUUAAUUGACGAUAGCAAUGACUCGUUUGAUCAAAUUCAAAGCAUCGAGUUACCACUCACGAGUCGCCGUAUCCAACAUUUUAGGUUAAUUGGUUCCGCGAAUGGAUUGUUCAGUCUUUUUGAACAAGAGCGCUUUAUUCUUUGGAAUCCCUCUAUUAGAAAAUUUAUCACCCUUCCAAAACCUUGUAUUACUGUCAAAGCGCACGGCCUCCUUACGUGUCGUCCGGCAUUCGGGUUUGAUCCGCGGACUAAUGAUUAUAAGGUGGUGAGAAUUGCAUUUCCACCUCUAAUUGAGGCUUACUCUCUUAAUGAGGACUCUUGGAAAUUAACUAGUGCCUCUUUUCCGCCGGGUAUUGGUUUAUCUGAUUGGCAUAGACCCGCAGCUUCUUUAGGUGGGGCUGUCCAUUUUGCGGUAUAUGAUAAGGACAAUCGCAGUCGUCCGUUAAUUUUGUCGUUUGAUUUGGGUGAUGAGGUUUUCCGCUUGAUGUCAUUGCCAAAUUGUGCAUUCAGUUGGAGUAAUAUUCAAACCUCGGUAAUUGGGGGAUCGCUUUCUCUGUUAGUUUAUGAUAAUAGGUUUGUAGCCAGCAGACGUUGUGCCAUUUGGGUGAUGAAAGAGUAUGGCGUUGUUGAUUCUUGGACUAAAUUGUUAACCGUUGAUUUCAGCAAAGAAAUUAUAGGGGUGUUAUGUCUCCAGAAGAAUGGCAAUAUAUUAGUGGAGGCAAAACUACCAAGUGAUUGGGAGCUCUCUUCAUAUGACCCUAAGAGCCAACAUGUUAAGAGUUUGGGGAUUUGUGGGAGGCCGCACUAUUUUCAUGUUGAUAAUUAUGUGGAGAACCUUGUCUUACUUGACAAACCGAAUGAUGCAGUUUCCAAAAGGAGAGCGUGCAGGAAGAGGAAAUGCAGGUUGACUUCAGACAGAGAUAUGCCAGCUACAAGAGGCAAAACACCUACUACAAGAGAUACUACAACAUGCGAGUGUAUACGAGCUACCACUGGACAUAAUACAUCAACAACAGACAAUAAUACAUCAACAAGAGGCCUCUACAAGAGGCAAUACUACACGAUGGGAGAGCGCUCCAGCUACAAGAGGCGUUGCUGUAUGAAUUGGAGACGAUAAUACAGCAUCAGACAGAGAAAAUAGCCACUUUGAUAUCACAAAUUGAGAUAAUGGAGACUGCAGAAUCAAAAUUUACUGAACGUAAAAGUUAGUUAAUUUGGAAUGACCAAUCUCUAGAACUCGAGAAAUGAGAUAGACAUUUUUUUCCUUUAGUUUGGAGACAUGUUUUGUGAUGUUAGAGAUCAAAGUGCGACACAAGUACAACAAGGAUCCCCUUCUGCAAAUCAGGAAACAUGACCUAUUAUUUUGAUGAACGAAAAAUGGGAAAACGUGACCUUAUUGUGGGACUGAGAUUCUGUCAUGAUAUUUUGCUAUAGUUGUGAAAUUAAGGUCUUAAUUUGAGACUGGUAAAAUCAGUGAUUGAUAUGAAAAGUAGUUUGUUGUAUGUUUAGAAGUAGUCUUCAAUGAAUUUUUAGUAAAUUUUGUGUUAUGAUAGGAUGUUCUUUAUUGUGUAGUCCUAUAAUCACAACAAUAUUUUUCA